AUGGAACAGGAGAGUCCCCACCCUAUGCACUACACCCACAGUGACAGAGGAGAGUCCCCACCCUCCAGACCACACCCUAUGCACUACACCCACAGUGACAGAGGAGAGUCCCCACCCUCCAGACCACACCCUAUGCACUACACCCACAGUGACAGAGGAGAGUCCCCACCCUCCAGACCACACCCAAAAUGGAACAGGAGAGUCCCCACCCUAUGCACUACACCCACAGUGACAGAGGAGAGUCCCCACCCUCCAGACCACACCCUAUGCACUACACCCACAGUGACAGAGGAGAGUCCCCACCCUCCAGACCACACCCUAUGCACUACACCCACAGAGACAGAGGAGAGUCCCCACCCUCCAGACCACACCCUAUGCACUACACCCACAGCGACAGAGGAGAGUCCCCACCCUCCAGACCACACCCUAUGCACUACACCCACAGCGACAGAGGAGAGUCCCCACCCUCCAGACCACACCCUAUGCACUACACCCACAGUGACAGAGGAGAGUCCCCACCCUCCAGACCACACCCUAUGCACUACACCCACAGCGACAGAGGAGAGUCCCCACCCUCCAGUCCACACCCUAUGCACUACACCCACACGACAGAGGAGAGUCCCCACCCUCCAGACCACACCCAAAAUGGAACAGGAGAGUCCCCACCCUACACUACCCCACAGUGACAGAGGAGAGUCCCCACCCUCCAGACAACACCCUAUGCACUACACCCACAGAGACAGAGGAGAGUCCCCACCCUCCAGAUCACACCCUAUGCACUACACUCACAGUGACAGAGGAGAGUCCCCACCCUCCAGACAACACCCUAUGCACUACACCCACAGCGACAGAGGAGAGUCCUCAGAGUUUAUUGCUGGAGACUAG